AUGAUUUCACCAUUACCGGACAUUACUCGUGAAGUUAAUAUUUUAAAUCGUAUAAUAUGGUUUCUUAUGAAUAUACUUUUUGGUGGUUUUAUCAGUAUGACUAUGCUUGUUUGGGUGAGUUGUGAUAUGGAAAUGCCGAAUUUCUUUUUUCCUGUCUUACCAUCAUCAUCAUUCAUACAAUCAAUUUUUCAUGUGCCAUGGAUUGACAUGAAAUUAAUAUUUCCUUGUAAAAUUUUAUUUAAUGCAUUUUUAUUUGCACUUUUCGGUUUUGUGCAUACAUUUUUUGCUCGGAAUGAUGUUCAACAAUAUUUAAUAACUAGAUUAUCAUUUCCACCAUUGGCAUUAAGAACAUUUUAUUUAAUUUCAACAAAUAUUACAGCAUGGCUAUUAAUGGGAUUAUGGCAACAUACAUCCAUUCAAUUAUGGGAUUUUCUUAAAAACUAUACAUUUCAAGAUGAAUACCGCGGACGACACUUAAUUUUAUUAAUAGUUUUUACAUUGAUUAAUUUACCAGGUAUGUGUGUAGUAAUACAAUUUGAUUCAUUAGAAUUUUUUGGUUUUAAACAAAUAUAUCAAUCUACAAGUUGUCCAAUCAUUUCUCGAACAACUGGUAUGAAUAAAUUAGUUACCGAUGGAAUAUUUAAGUUCUGUCGACAUCCGAUGUAUCUAUUUCUAUUACUUGGUUGUAUUAUUUCACCUUCAGUUUCAUUAGACAAAUUUUUAUUUAUUAUCUAUGCAAUCCUAUAUCUAUAUAUCGCAAUUCCAAUUGAAGAAAAAAAACUAGAAAAAAUAUUUGGUCAAGCUUAUAUAGAUUAUAAAAAUGAGGUGCCAUCCAUUAUACCGAAAUUAUAUAAUAUAAAAAAAAAGAUUUAA